AUGGCGUCCACCAGCCCUACACCGAAUGGAGAUCUUGAGAAGAACGGAUAUGUCCUCGACAACUCCCCUCCUUUCGGAUCCGUGGAUGAUAAAGGGGAGCGGCGUGGUUCCAUUUUUGCACCGGAUCGAGAAACACAAUUGCGGCAAGGCAGUCUCACCGUCUACCACGAGAGUUUCUUCUCGGCCUUCAAGCCCUCGAGCUUUCAAAGAAACCCCAACGCUAGAGUAGUGACUGAAGCAACGGACAAUGAAGGACGUCCAUUGAAAGACCAGCCUCCGGCCGAGCCUGCGCUGGCUAUGAAGUUGAAGCAGAGACACCUGCAGAUGAUUGCCAUCGGCGGGUCGAUCGGUACUGGUCUCUUUGUCGGUUCGGGCUCGGCCCUUGCAACCGGUGGGCCAGCAUCUCUUGUCAUUGCCUAUGGCUUGAUCGGUAUCAUGCUGUACUGCACCGUCCACGCACUUGGAGAAAUGGCGGUUCUCUUUCCUAUUGCCGGAGCCUUCUCGGUGUACUCCAGCCGCUUCAUUGAUCCCGCUUGGGGUUUUGCCAUGGGCUGGAACUAUGCUUUGAACUGGCUGGUCACCUUGCCCCUGGAGUUGACGGCGGCCUCCAUCACUAUAUCGUUCUGGGCAGGUGCCAGAGAUGUCAAUCCUGCUGCCUGGGUCAUUUUGUUCUGGGCCGCUGUGGUGAUGAUCAACUUCUUUGGGGUCCGUGGCUACGGAGAAGCCGAAUUUGUCUUUUCGAUCAUCAAAGUUGUUGCGGUGAUCGGAUUCUGCAUCCUUGGUAUCAUUAUUGCAGCGGGCGGCGUCCCUGGCAGUCCUCAGGGUUACCUUGGAGCACAUUACUGGUACGAUCCGGGUGCUUUCAACCAUGGAUUCAAGGGGCUCUGUUCGACCUUCGUCACUGCCGCAUUUUCAUUCGGUGGCACUGAACUGGUCGGCUUAACCGCCGCAGAGACAGAGAAUCCUCGGAAAUCUUUGCCGACUGCUGUCAAACAAGUGUUCUGGCGGAUCUGCUUGUUCUACAUGGUUAGCUUAACCAUCAUCGGGUGCAUAGUCCCGUAUACAGACAAUGAGUUGUUGAAUGGCUCGAGCAGCACCGACGCAAAUGCAUCACCAUUUGUGAUUGCAGUCAAAAAUGCAGGCAUCUCUUCCGUGCCAUCGAUCAUGAAUGCGGUGAUCCUCAUUGCAGUGUUGAGCGUUGGGAACUCAUCCAUCUACGGAUCCUCUCGUACCCUGGCUGCUCUCGCGGAUCGAGGCCAAGCACCAAAAUUCCUGGGCUACAUUGAUCAGGCUGGACGGCCUUUGUUCGCGAUCAUCCUUGCGGCAACAAUCGGGCUCUUGUGCUUCAUUGUCGCUGCGGGUAGCGACACACGGACACAGGCUUUCAACUGGAUGCUCGCGAUCUCCGGUCUUUCAUCAAUUGUGACCUGGGCGUCGAUCUGUGCCUGUCAUAUCCGAUUCCGCGCUGCGUGGAAAUAUAACGGACACAGCACCAGUGAGCUCGCGUUCAAGUCGCAGCCGGGGGUCAUCGGCUCCUGGAUCGGGCUGACAUUGAAUAUCUUAAUCCUAAUCGCUCAGUUCUGGACCGGCUUUGCGCCUGUGGGAUACGCAGAGAUGUCGGCGGGCGAAAGGACCCAGGCAUGGUUCGAGGCCUACCUGUCUGCGCCCAUCAUCAUGCUCUUCUAUAUCAUCUUCAAGAUCUGGAAGAGACCGGCCUACAAGAAGAUCCGGGAAAUCGAUAUCACCAGCGGCAGGAGGGAGAUGAAUCUGGCGGAGAUCCUUGCAGAGGAAAGAGCCGAGCAAGCCACAUGGCCACGGUGGAAGAAGGCUUACAAGGCGGUGUGUUGA